AUGGCCACUCAACUCACCCCUUCGAAGCAGGCUGCUUCCUCCCUCGAGAACCUCAAGAUGAGCGACUCCCCUAUCAAGAAGCUCGACUUCGCCUCUGUCGGCAAGGAGAACCUCAAGCCCGUCGACGCCACCACCGACAAGAUCGCCGAGAAGCCCCUCGAGGUUACCAAGGCUGCUCCUACAUGGAAGGAGCUUGAGGCCACUGAGCCCCUCCUGCAGGAGAACCCCAACCGCUUCGUUAUGUUCCCCAUCAAGUACCACGAGAUCUGGCAAAUGUACAAGAAGGCCGAGGCUUCUUUUUGGACUGCUGAGGAGAUCGAUCUUUCCAAGGAUCUCCACGACUGGCACAACCGCCUGAACGAUGACGAGCGCUACUUCGUUUCUCACGUUCUUGCUUUCUUCGCUGCCUCUGACGGCAUUGUCAACGAGAACCUCGUCGAGCGUUUCAGCGCUGAGGUUCAGGUCACCGAGGCUCGCUGCUUCUACGGUUUCCAAAUCAUGAUGGAGAACAUCCACUCCGAGACCUACUCCCUCCUCAUUGAUACCUACAUCAAGGAGCCCAAGCAGCGCACCUACCUCUUUGAUGCCAUCGAGACCAUUCCCUGCAUCAAGAAGAAGGCUGACUGGGCCAUCCGCUGGAUCAACGACCGUGAGAGCACUUUCGCCUCUCGUCUGGUUGCCUUUGCCGCUGUUGAGGGUAUCUUCUUCUCCGGCUCCUUCGCCUCCAUCUUCUGGCUCAAGAAGCGUGGUCUCAUGCCCGGUCUGACCUUCUCCAACGAGCUGAUCUCCCGUGACGAGGGUCUGCACACUGACUUCGCCUGCCUUUUGUUCUCUCACCUGAACAACCGCCCUGAGAAGAAGGUUGUCGAGGACAUCAUCGUUGAGGCUGUCGGCAUCGAGCAGGAGUUCCUGACUGACGCUCUCCCCUGUGGUCUGCUCGGCAUGAACUCCAAGCUGAUGUGCCAGUACAUUGAGUUCGUUGCCGACCGCCUCCUGGUCGCCCUCGGCAACCAGAAGUACUACAACUCUGCCAACCCCUUCGACUUCAUGGAGUCCAUCUCCCUGGCUGGCAAGACCAACUUCUUCGAGAAGCGUGUCGGUGACUACCAGAAGGCCGGUGUCAUGGCUUCCACCAAGAAGGAAACCAACGCCGAUGGCGAGCAGACCACUGCCAGCGAUGGCCUGAACUUCGACGAGGACUUCUAG